ACAUAUUAUAUUCUUCUCUCCCGUCGAGCCUGAACGAUUGGACACUCGGCCUCAAGUCCAAAGAUUUUCUCGGAGAAUUUCGCCAAACAGCAUGGAGUCAUGCCCUUCCAUAAAAAAUAUCCUGCUUUUGGAUUCUGAAGGGAAACGUGUCGCUGUUAAGUAUUACUCAGAUGACUGGCCCACAAAUAGUGCAAAGGAAGCAUUUGAGAAAGCUGUAUUUACCAAGACCCAAAAGACAAAUGCACGGACAGAAGCGGAGAUAGGAAUGUUUGAGAACAACAUCGUUGUUUACAAGUUUGUUCAAGACCUUCACUUUUUUGUUACUGGGGGUGAAGAUGAAAACGAGCUCAUCUUAGCCACUGUUCUUCAGGGAUUUUUUGAUGCAGUUGGCCUUCUUCUCAGAGGUAAUGUGGACAAGAAGGAGGCACUAGAAAACUUGGAUCUCAUUCUGUUAUGCCUCGAUGAGAUUGUUGAUGGCGGUAUUAUUCUUGAGACAGAUGCAAAUGUCAUAGCAGGGAAGGUUGCAAGUAAUAGCAUAGAUGCUGGAGCUCCUUUGUCUGAGCAGACAAUAAGUCAAGCAUUAGCCACCGCACGUGAACAUCUAACAAGAUCCCUUCUUAAAUAAUGAAUCUUUUUUUUUUUUUUUGGGGGGGGGGGGGGGGGGGUGGUGGUUGU